AUGACAGAGAAUGAGUUAAACGAGUCGAUUCCCAAAGUAGCCUUGGAAGCAGUACUUCAAGCCAACGCUCAAGUGACGGAGAACAUGUUGCCCGUGUCAGGGAUCGAGUACGACGGAGCUUUGGCAAUAGAUUCCAUGCUAGAGAAGUUUAGGGUGUUUGGAUUCCAAGCAACCAAUUUGGGACUUGCAGCAGAGAUGGUAGACCGUAUGUUUUCAUGGAGAUUGUCUGACGACCCGUUACAGGAGUCAGAUGAAGGAACACCCUAUGCUGAUCCUGAAGUACGCCGUAAGACCAAGUGUACGAUCUGGGUUUCGUUCACGUCGAACAUGAUUUCCUGCGGACUGAGAGAAGCGUUUGUGUUUAUGGCUAAGCAUCGCCUUGUUGAUGUUUUCGUUACUAGCGGAGGUGGUGUGGAAGAGGACUUGAUAAAGUGUCUGGGCCACACCUAUAUUGGCAAAUUUAAUCUGGACGGGGCGGACCUUAGGAACAAGGGCUGGAACCGAAUUGGUAACCUUCUGCUCCCUAACGAAAAUUACUGCGCAUUUGAAGACUGGCUUCAGCCCAUUUUGGAUGAAAUGCACACCGAGCAGAUAGAAAAGGGUACGAUCUGGACCCCUUCAUCGUUUAUUGACCUUCUCGGGAGUAAAAUAAACGACGAGAGCUCGCUGUACUACUGGUGCCACAAGAACAAAAUCCCAGUAUUUUGCCCUGGACUCACAGACGGCUCUAUUGGCGAUAAUCUUUACUUCCAUACCUACCGCAAGUCCACUCCCACAACGCUUUACCUGGACAUAGUUAAGGACAUUAGGUUAAUUAAUGACUUUGCCGUAAAGUGUAAGAAAUCGGGGCUCAUAAUCCUGGGUGGAGGUCUUCCAAAGCAUCACGUAUGUAACUCGAAUCUCAUGCGGAACGGCGCUGAUUUCGCCAUUUACGUCUCCACUGCCCAAGAAUACGACGGCUCAGACUCGGGCGCGAACCCUGACGAGGCUGUUUCUUGGGGGAAAAUCAAGCCUCACACUGACCCUGUCAAAGUCCACGCUGACGCCUCUAUAGUUUUCCCGCUAAUUGUCGCAGGUGUUUUGACCAAGCAUGUUAAUCGUCAGUUCGAAUAA